AUGAGUUAUUCCACCAUAAAAGCAACCACACAGGCAAUUCAAAGUGGCACCGGAAGCCUAUUAGGCAAAAAGAAGAAAGAUGAUGUCGCUAUGUUUGUCUCUGGAUCAGGGCGUGGCCCAAGGGGUUCGCCUCACCAGUACACCCAACCUCGCCCCCAACCUCAAGCCUACACCCAAGCUCCAUAUAAUCCAUACCCACAUUAUUUCCCACCUCAAGACCCUCAAUAUUCAGUCAGACCACCCCAAUACCAUGUUCACCAUGCACAGUCAUAUGCGCAACCCCCUCCUUACCCGCAAUGGCGUGCUCCAACUCCACAAAAUCCUUAUCUACCCCCACAACCAUACCGAAACCCUACUGGUCCAAGCUUUCAAUCGACGCUAGAUUAUAGAAAAGAGAGGCAGCAGCGGAAAGAAACCUUCACCCCUCUCGGAGAGUCGUAUACCAGUUUGUUUCAAAGGUUGAGGCAGUUGGACGUUUUGAGGCCGAUUGAGCCAAAGACACCAAAUCCACCUCCAAGGAACCUUGAUUAUUCCCUCAGAUGCGCAUAUUGUUCUGAUGCCCCAGGGCGCGACAUAGUGAAGUGUUGGCAUUUGAAGAGGAACCCGGAGGCACCAAACAUCAACCAAAAUCCUUUGCCGGCCCAUGCAGAGACACAUAUGAUUGAGAUAGUUCAUAAGGAUGGGGAGCCCAAGAAUUCUUCCAAGUCUGUCAUGAUGAUCCGGGCUAGCGAAAGUAAUCCAGUUAAAGCUCCAGAUUCUGCAAAAGCAAUGCCCUUGACAGUUGAAGGGGUGUCGGAGAAGCUAAGCACGCUCAAUGUGAAGCCAUCUGUAUUGGUUGUGAAAGGGCCUCCGAUUGAUAUUGAAGCGAACCAGGAAAAGCAAAAAGUGAUCGUACCAAGGGUCCCGGGAAAGCCUGUCAUAAUCGUGGAAGGGGCUUGUAUUACCCCUGUUAUUAUUAAGCCAGUGACCCAGUUACCAAUGGUUGACACAAAGGCCGUCCCGUGGAAUUACAAUCAGGUGAUAGUAACAUAUAAAGGGAAAGAAGUAGAGGAAGAAGUCAAUGAAACCGGAGGACUGACUCGUUCUGGGAGAUGUUUUACCCCAGAGGAACUGAGGAAAUCCAAUCCAUUCAAGGAUGGCCACAUCCCAGUAAAAAAGCAGGUCACCGAAGAAGAUGCUGAAGAGGUACUGGCUGAUAACGGUUCUAGUGCAAAUAUUUGCCCUCUGUCCACUUUGCAAAAGUUGAAGAUCGGCACUGAAAGGAUCCACAUGAACAAUGUAUGUGUUAGAGGCUUUGAUGGAGGAGGGAAAGAUUCUGUUGGUGAUAUAAUGCUCGAAUUAUCAAUAUGGCCAGUUGAGUUCACUAUGGAGUUCGAAGUGCUAGAUGUGGUUGUCUCCUAUAACUUGUUGUUGGGCAGGCCCUGGAUACAUGCUGCCAAGGCAAUCCCCUCUUCUCUGUAUCAAAUGGUGAAGUUUGAAUGGGAUAGGCAGGAAAUAGCUGUGCACGGUGAUGAGAAAUUAUCUGCUUACAAUGACACAAUUGUUCCAUUUAUUGAAAUUGAAGAUGAUAAAGGGCCUUGGGUUUACCAAACAUUCGAAACAAUGUCUGUCGAGAAGAUUCCUGAAGGAGAAUGCAUUCCAGGUCCGAAGCUACCAUCCGUGUCCGUCAUGGUAGAAAAUGAAAUGUUGAAGAAUGGUUUUAUGCCGGGUAAAGGCCUGGGUUCAUCUCUGCAGGGUAUUGCACAUCCGGUGUGUCCACGUGAAAGUUUCGGUACAUUUGGUUUGGGAUUCACACUCACACGGAAGGACAUGAAAAAGGCUAAAAAUUUGAAAAGAAAGGCAUGGUCACUUCCUAAGCAUGUUCCACAUAUCUCCAAGUCUUUUGUCAAGCCAGGGGUCGCAAAACGCCCAAUAUCAGUGGUCCCAAAACCUGUGGUCAACUUUGAUGAAGAGCUGAUCAAGAGGUUCCGGAGUUUGUUUGAUGAGGUUAACAUGGUGGAAAUCAGGGAAGGUUCCAGUAAUGCCGAUGUGCAGCUCGUUGGGCCAAAU